AUGGGGGUACCUUUAUUUGGGGAUAGCAAGCCUUUCUACUUCCGGAUCUGGAAUGGAUUAAGUCAGAAACUGCAAGGCAAAAAAUCCUGGGAUAAACAUCUGGAUGAAAUCUACUUAAUCCAGCAGAAAAGGAUCUGGGAAUCCCCACUCCUCCAUGCUGCCAAAGAGAACAAUCUCCCAGCCAUUAGGAAACUACUCACCGAUGGAACAUGUGAUAUCUAUCAGAGAGGUGCAGUGGGGGAGACUGCCCUUCAUGUAGCUGCCUUGUAUGAUAACGUGGAGGCUGCAGUGAUUCUGAUGGAAGCAGCUCCUGAGCUUGUCAAUGAGAGGAUGACAUCAGAGCUUUACGAAGGGCAGACAGCUCUCCACAUUGCAGCUGUGAACCAGAACAUCACUUUGGUGAAAGCAUUACUCAAGAGAGGGGCCAAUGCCUGCACAGCACAGGCCACUGGGCACUUCUUCAGGCGCAGUUCCCAGAACCUUCUCUACUUCGGAGAGCAUGUUUUAUCAUUUGCUGCCUGUGUGGGAAAUGAGGAAAUUGUACAGCUGCUCAUUGAAAAUGGAGCUGAUAUUAGAGCUCAAGAUUACCUGGGUAACACUGUUCUUCACAUCCUGGUUCUCCAACCUAAUAAGACAUUUGCUUGUCACAUGUACAACCUGAUACUUUCCUACGACAGGAACAAAGAGGGACCAGGAUCACUUGAAUUGAUUCCUAACAAUGAGGGGCUUACUCCAUUCAAACUGGCUGGAGUUGAGGGCAACACUGUGAUGUUUCAAUACUUCAUGCAGAAGCGGAAACACAAUCUCUGGUCCUUUGGCCCUUUGACCACUGUGCUCUAUGAUCUCACAGAGAUUGACUCCUGGGCUGAAGAUCAGUCCUUCCUUGAACUCAUUGUCUCAACAAAGAAGAGAGAGGCACGCCAGAUCUUGGACCUAACACCUGUGAAGGAGCUGGUGAGCCUGAAGUGGAAUAUGUAUGGUCGUCCCUAUUUCUGUUUCCUGGCUUUAUUCUAUGUGCUCUACAUGGUGUGCUUCACUAUGUGCUGCGUCUACCGACCACUGAAACCCCGAACAGGCAACAAAACAAGCAGCAGAGACAAUACAAUCUAUGUCCAGAAAAUGCUGCAGGAAUCAUAUAUUACAUAUGAGGAUGAGCUGAGGCUGGUGGGAGAGCUGAUCACAGUCAUUGGAGCUAUAGUAAUUUUGAUCCUUGAGAUCCCAGAUAUCCUGAGAGUUGGAGCAGCAAAAUACUUCGGACAAACCAUCCUAGGAGGGCCUUUCCACAUAAUUGUCAUCACAUAUGCUUGCAUGAUUCUAGUAACCAUGGUGAUGCGUCUCACCAGCACAACUGGUGAGGUGGUGCCCAUGUCCUUUGCCCUGGUGCUAGGAUGGUGCAAUGUCAUGUACUUCGCACGAGGCUUCCAGAUGCUUGGACCCUUUACCAUCAUGAUCCAGAAGAUGAUAUUUGGAGAUCUUAUGCGCUUUUGCUGGCUCAUGGCUGUGGUGAUACUAGGCUUUGCAUCAGCUUUUUACAUCGUCUUCCAGACAGAGAACCCAGAAAACCUUGGGCAGUUCUAUAACUAUCCCAUGUCCUUGUUCACCACCUUUGAGUUGUUCCUCACUAUCAUUGAUGGCCCUGCAAACUAUGACGUGGACCUGCCCUUUAUGUACAGCGUGGUAUACUUUGCCUUCGCCAUCAUUGCCACCCUCCUUAUGCUCAACCUGUUAAUUGCCAUGAUGGGUGACACCCACUGGAGAGUGGCCCAUGAGCGGGAUGAACUCUGGAGAGCCCAGGUUGUUGCUACUACUGUCAUGCUGGAGCGGAAACUGCCGCGAUGUCUCUGGCCUCGCUCUGGAAUCUGUGGGCGGGAGUACGGGCUGGGGGACCGGUGGUAUCUCAGAGUUGAAGACAGGAUUGAUCCCAACAAACACAAGAUGAUGCGGUACACCGAAGCGUUUAAGAUUCAGGAUAGGGAUAACUGUGAAAAAGGUUUGGAAAAGCUGGAAAUCAAUAGGGAUGUCCUGUACAAGAAGGAACUUUCUCCUCUGUCACUGUCACGGAACACAUCCAAGGCUAGUUCUCAUCGUGGCUGGGAGAUUCUGAGGCGCAACACUUUCAGUCAACUUCGUGGAGAAGUCAGUCAUGCCAUGGAAGAGGAGGUCUAUGAUGUUUAA